CUUAAGGAAGAUGGUAGACUCAUCACAGGCCGAAAAUGGAGAGAUCAAAAGGGCCAUUUCAAUGUGCACGACAGCGCAAGAUAUGAUCGACUUUACGGCGAUUAAAUUGAAAGGAUUACGUGAACAAUGCGAUCCUUCAGAAGAAAUUACACAAAAAGAAAUCAGGGAUACAGAGACAAAAUUGAUCAAGUUAUUUAGUAAGCAGCUGGUAGCAAAAACACAAUUGAAAGCUGAAGACAACAAGAAACAUCUGUCAGAAUAUCCCAAAACUGAACAAUGGCUGACGAUAGUGGGAUUGAAGAGUUACAUCUCAGAUAUUGUGAAGAGAGGACUGUCUUUGAAUGCUUUACUGGACAUGACUGUGGAAGAACUGAAAAAUCUACUCAAAAGAUAUGAAGCUAAAGAAGAUGAUUUCCACAAGCUGAAUAAUGCACUGCAAAAUCUGAAAAAUUGGACAGAUAAGCAGCUGCAUGGAGAUAGUCGAAACAUCAGCAAUGGAGAGGACCUCAGUUGGUCCAAUUAUAAAUCUGCUUCCAGUAGUCCAUUUAGUAGUAGUUCUCCAAAAUAUUCAACAGCCAGUGGCCGUCAGUCUGUGUCGUCACUACCGUCAGAGGCAUCCCAACCAUUAUCAUUGCCAACACCAUCACAAAGCACCCCAUCAUCACCUGUACCUUAUAUAGAUAGAGACAGAAUAAGGCGAACUCCGCCACCAACUCCUCCUUUAGUUAGACCAAAAGCUGCCAAUAAUUCACGAUACCCUAGUACUCCUCCGCCAAACAAGAAAAAUCAUCUGAUACCUGAAUAUCAACCAAUCAAGAAGAGUAAAUCUCAUGAGUCACAGCUAGCCAAUAAAGUUACAGAUAUUGACGGCAUAAAAGCUGUAAAUGGUGGGAAACACAGGUUACACAAGCAGAUAAUCACCAUUAAAGAAGAAGAUAUUGAUAGUAGGUAUAAAAAGAAACCAAACUUGUAUCUUCCUAACAAUAAUGAAAUAUUAUUCCGACGACCUUCUGACGGAUCAGAAGCAGGUGGUAGUCGUGGUCCUUCUGGACAUGCCUCACCGAUUCUCCCCUCUCCCAUACAUUCUCCUAUAUACAUUGAUGAUCACAAUAGCUUAUCAGUUCCAAAGUCUCCUAAAACACCUUAUAUAAACCAUUUCCCCUCAAAUCAUAGAUUUGAGACAAAAUUUUCUCUAAUUGGAAGUAUCUGUGAUACGUGUCAUAAACACAUCCUUUUGCCUGGAAAAAUUUGCCGGGAAUGCAAAUACAAAUGUCAUCGUGAUUGUGCAGGCAAAGCUGCUCCAUUGUGUGCUCCCAACUUGUACUUAUUAGACCCUAAUCGGCAUGGAUCGCCAAGCAUGGUACACAAGUUGAGACCAAACCAUUCCUGUAAUGAGUUUACUAAAGACUCAGAAUCAUCCUCAUGUAAUUCAUCAACUCCUUCAUCACCAUUCCUUAAUCCUCAUAAAGAAUCUUACACUCCAUCACAAGGCUUAGCCUUUGAAUUCCCAGAUAAUCCUUUAGAAAAUGAUUUAACUGGUUCCACAUACUCUGUACAUACAGUCAGAAAUGGUGAUGUUAUCGGCAGCAACACGUCAGAUGACAGUAGUAAAACUCUGGAAGGUAGCAAUACAUCAGAAAAGACACUGCCAGAACGAGUGAAUUCAGUAGAUAGUCAAGAUGACCCAUUAGGGGGAAAUCUGUGGCGUCAAAAUAGUUUAUCUGUGACCCUUAAAGAAUGGGAUAUUCCAUAUGAACAGCUGGUAAUAGAAGAAUCAAUUGGUACUGGCAGAUUUGGUAUUGUUUAUAAGGGCCAUUGGCAUGGUAAAGUAGCCAUUAAAAUGUUACAUAUGGAUUCCGAUACCGAUAACCAAGCUCAGCUGUCAGCAUUCAAACAAGAGGUUGCAAUGUUAAAGAAAACUCGUCAUGAUAAUUUAAUAUUAUUUAUGGGUGCUUGUAUGAAACCUCCACAUUUAGCUAUAGUUACAAGUUAUUGUAGUGGCCUAACAUUAUAUGCAUAUGUACGAAGUACAAAAGAAAAAGUGCAGAUGAAUAAAGCUAUUCUGGUAGCUUCUCAAAUAGCACAGGGUAUGGGAUAUCUUCAUGCAAGGGGAAUUGUACACAAAGACUUGAAGUCAAAAAAUAUAUUUUUAGAAAAUGGCAAAGUUGUGAUAACAGAUUUUGGUUUAUUUAAUGUGACACGGUUGUGUCAUGGUAACAGGAAAGGGGAGUGGUUAAACAUAUCACCAGGAUGGCUGUGUUACCUGGCUCCAGAAGUUAUUAGACAGUUACAACCAUUAAGUGGUAAACUAGAUCUCCCAUUCUCAGAAAAAUCUGAUAUUUAUGCAUUUGGGACUGUAUGGUAUGAGCUUCUCUGUGGGGAGUGGCCAUUCCGAAAUCAACCUCCAGAAACUGUUAUAUGGCAGGUGGGAAAGGGACUGAAGCAAUCAUUAGGAAGUAUUUCAGGAACCAGGGAAUUUAAGGAUUUGUUAAUGAUGUGUUGGACUUUUAAUAAUAGUGAUAGACCUGACUUUGCCUGGAUUUUAAAAGCCUUAGACCGUUUACCUAAAAAACCUCUUCAUCGGAGUCCUUCUCAUCCUAUCCAUAUAUCACGCAGUGCCGAAUCAGUUUUCACAUGACCUUUAUCUGACCUUGUGAUGGGCACAUCAGCUAAUUUAUGUGAUAUAGCCAUAGCAGAGGCUAUAAAUUCUGCAGGGAUUCAUCCCACAACAAUAGACGAGUUGGCCAGUCAUGUGAAUGUCAAGUACAUUUUUUCCAUUCAGGAUGAGGAAUAUAGUUAUUUCACAAAGAAUACAUUCAUGCAACCUCUAUUAUCUGGAUUUGGAAAAUUAUAUCUGACCGUGAAUGUUUUAAAGGCUGCAAAACCGUCUCCACAGCUAGCAAAAGAUAAAUAUGUGUUAUUGCAUGUCAAACUAUGUCAAGCAUUUGUUUGAAUUUUCUGUGUCUUUUUUUUAACUAGAGAGGUUCGGAACAUCAGUUUUCUUAUUUAUCACCUGUGUCUUUGAGGUCUUCCUUUGCCUGUAAUUAGGAUGCCCAAAAUUAAGUAUAAACAAAUCACUGUUGGAAAAAAGAGUUCAGUUGGUCAAGGCUUUAUUUUUAAUUUACUACUUUCAUUAUUUGUUUUUCAAGAAUUUUAUACUGUAUAAGGGAAUAAAAAAAAAUGAUUACAUUUAAUUGCAAGCUGUUUAGCACAAAUUGAUAUGGUUUAAAAUUAAAAUUAAUCUUGAUAUCAUAUAAAGAUGCAAAUUUUGUGAAAGAAGCUGUCAUAUUCAAUAUUGUCUGCUGUUGAAUAUGACAGAAUCAACUAUAAUUACUACUUUCAUUUCUACAGAAUUUUUUAUGUAUUGUGAAUAUGUCUGAGGUUAAUUUAAAAAAGUUCAGUUAAAAAAAACAAGUUCUUUAGUCUUUGUAAAGAUUAGUAAGUUAUUUAAAGGGGGUUUUAAAAAUAAGGAGAUGUGGUAUGAUUGCCAAGGAGACAACUAUCCACUGAAGUUCAAAGGAAGUAUAUGUAAGCAAUUAUAGUCAACCGUACGGCCUUCAACAAUGAGAAAAACUCAAACCGUGUAGUCAGCUAUUAAUCUUUGUAAAAAUUAAUAAGUUAUUUAAAUGAAGUUAAUCAUUGUAAAAUUUAAUAAGGUGGCAGAAACCAGUUAUUUUACAUUAAAUCUUUAGAAUUUCAUUGAUUUCUGAUUUGAUUUUCCUGAAAAAUCAUUCAAGCUUAUAAGCAAAUAAAAUUUAUGGUUUCAGGUAACUAAGAUAUGUACAUGCUUUUGUGAAUAUAUAGAAAACCUGUAAAUUUGGGUGUCUGUCCAGCAUGGAGAUUUUAAAAUAUAUAAAUGCUUAAAAUCUAAUCCUUUCCUGCAGAAUCUUGCUAAUUUCAGGCAAGAAUUUUAGGCAAAUUUCAAGAGAUGAAUGAUAUUCAAUGAAUUAAAGCCUUGUCCGCACCUAUCCCUUCUAUAAAAAUCUCAAGAUAUUUUUGUUUACAUAAACCUGAAUUUUUCCCCACUUUGAUUAGAUGACAUAAAAAGAGGAGACCCCAGUUUUGACUUCUGAUUGGUCCCAUAUGUGGAGGAAAUCCCCAACCAGUGUAUGCAACUACUUACUUAUGUAGUACAAUAGCCUAGAAUUUACAUUCAUUUGUUUUUUCAGUCCACAUGAUGCAAUUAUAUAUUUCAUUACUUAACUAUAACAAAAUUUCUGCGUGGAACACAUGUUCUGUUACACCAAAAUCUGGUACCUGCCACCUAAGUUAUUUAAAGGGAGUUAAUCUUUGUAUUCUUCAUCAAAGAUAGUUGAUCUUUGUAUUCUUUAUCAAAGAUGGUUAAUCUUUGUAUUCUGUAUCAAAGGGAGAUAAUAAUGUUCAGCCAUGACAGCCAUUUUCAUUUUUAGGCCAGUAUGAAUUAUAAAGUUUUGCCUGAUAUACAUUGCUGUGAGACUUUGGUUUUAUUUUGAGUUAUAUAGACUGGGGAUUACUUAAUCAAGUUGACAAUAUAUUAACUGCAGACAUAACUUAUUACAGUUUGUUAAUCUCAUUAUUAUUUUUUUACUAUGAGGAUGACAUUAUGUUUUUAGUUAUCUUUAUUUCGUGCUUCAUAAAUACCAACAAAUAUUUUAAAGAUUUUUAUAAGUUAGUUAUUGGACGGUGUUAAGUCAUUACUCUACUAUAUGGUAUGUAGACAGUAUUACCUGGAUUCUAUUUUUUAAAGUAUUUGUUUUUAACUUAACAUUUCAGAACAGGAUCAAGGAAGUGUUGGUAUAUAGUUAACAAGUAAACAAUGAAGUUGUGGUCACAUCAACAUGAAGCUUAGUACCGAUGUUCAUUGUAUGCUAAAUUCAGGUUUUGACCAAGACUUCACAGUUCACUGAAAUCAGAAUAUGAGAAUGAGCCAGAUAUGGUGUCUUAUUAAUAUUCUUAUUUCCUUGAUCUUGUUCCUGGAGAAAUAACAAGAGUAAUUUUUAAUUCAAUAUCUGAAUCGAAACAUAUUAUUUUUUGUACUACAGAAAAAAGUUUAAGCUCUCAAAAAUGUGUGCAUAACCUCAGAAAAUAUUUUUUCCUGUGAACAUUUUAGAAAUGUCUUGCCUUGAAAGCUAUGUAAAUUUGAAUUGAAACUUAUUUAAUACUUUAGUAAUUUGGAUAAAGUAUGUAAAUUAAUGUUAUUCUUGGUAAAAUAAACAAGGAUGUCAAUUUUGGUAAAAAGUAAGUUCUCAGGUUUUCUAAAACAACCAAGCUGUACUUGACUUCUAGAUUAGAAUCAACGCAUAGACAUCAAUUCAGUUUGCAUGAAUAAUACUAAAAGUAUAAGUAUUGCAAAGCUUUCUCAGUUGAAGCAUUGAUAUUUCAAUUUCAAAGUAGCUAGUGUAAUAAUGUUAGUUAACAAAUUAUCUAUUUAUUGUAAGAAUAAUUUUAAUUAUCAAAAACAAUUAGAACAUGCUUGCUAUAAUAAAGAUAACAAAAUUACAUGAAUAAAAAAAUAUGAGGUCAGGCGAGCUUUUUUGUAAAGCUUCCACUUGUAUAUCUUGCAAACUUUAUUGAAUUAAAGCAUUUUAUCAACUAAGGUGAAUAAUGUUUAUCAAAAGACCCCUGUUGUGGUUUUGGUGGGUUACUUUUCAUCUGCUUUCACUAUUUUCAAUUAAAUGGCAAAGGAAGACCUUCUCUGGCUUCUCUGGCUUCCCCUUCAUCAUACUUUAGGAAUUCCCUGAAGAAGAAUGGCUGUCUAGACAUUACUGAUGAUAAUUGUAAAGUUUUUAAACUUUUUUUAAUACAGCCAUUAUAUUACAUUUUGGUUUGAACAAUUAUCCCCAUGCCUUUGUAAAAAAACAACACUUUGGCUUCCAGAUUCUUUAUUGAGCACUUUGAAGUCAAAUCAUUUAGUAUCAGAUACUAAUAACAAUAAGAUAAAAAGUAUUAUUCCUGAUUUUUUUUCAUUUUCUGCCUUUGCUAAGUUUUUCAUUCAUUAAGUUAUUAAAUCUGAAUGCUUCAUUUAAAUCCGUGAAGUGAUUAGUCAUGUUUUCUAUAUUAUAUCAUGUGAAUGGUCAGUACCGUCAACACCAGUUAGUUUGACAACUGUGGUAUUUCGUUACUAUAUAUGUGAUAUACAUUUUUAUUAUCUAUAUUUUCAUUAUAUAUGACUGAAGUGCUACAAAUUUAUUUAUAUAGAGUGAAUUAAAUUAAGGUAUAAAAAUGGUAAUUAUAAGGAGAUAUAUUCCAAAUCAUAUUCAUUUGUCUCAAUUUUUGAAGCCAUAUUCAAUGCAAUUUUGAUAGUUCUAAUGUUAUAGCGGGAAAUUAUACACUACAAAAACUAUCAUUACCAAUUUAAGGGGUGAAAACUAUCAGAAUCACUUAGAUUCAUAGGGAAGAAUUAAUUAAAUGUCCUUUUAAGUCUGAAUUAAAGAGGGAACUUAAAACUGUCAUCCUUGUGUAACUGUUUGAUAAGGAAAAUAAGUCAAUAGUCAUUAUGGAGGGGAGAUAAUAAUUGAAUCCUAUAAAGCCUGAACUAAAAAAAAUAAUUAACUCCCUUAUGUAAUCUCUGAAUUGAAAAAUUGGGCAGUUAUAUUAAUUCAACCACAUUAAUCAGGAGAUUUAACAAGUAAAGCUUUAAAAGCCUGAGAAAUAAGGAAGAACAAUUGUUUUCCAUAGGUAAAUUUGUUCCAAAAUAGGUUUGUAAAUUGAGACAGUUUAAGUAACUGUUCAUUAAUAGUCUUCAAAGAUAUAACUUCAAAAGACAAAACUAAGAAAAUUAGUUUGUUUAGAAUAUCCUUAUACAAGUUUGAAUAUUACCCAAAAAAGAAGCGGACAUCUGGAUAUUAUUUUCCUUAAGUAAAUUGUAUUCUUAGUUUAAAAUAUUUUUAGAUAUCUACAACGUAAGAAUUUAAAUCCUCUCAGUCAUUUUUCAUUAGUUCUACAAAGUGCUGAUUCUUACUUGUUUGUAUUGCAAACAAAUAGGCGUUAUAAAAAUUACAAAAUAUUUUAAGAGACUAAAUUAAAUUUAAACUAUGCAGAAAUAUUCUCCGAGACCAGAAAAGAUCUCCGAUUUAGAUACUAGCCUGUGUCAUUGUGACACUAUUAAUUUGUCAUUUGUUAUUUCAGUAUUACAUUUUAAGCUUAGUAAUCUUCCCUUGUGCAUUUUAAAUUUCAGCUGUUAUUUUUUUUUACUCUCUCAGACUCUUAAUGCCUCAGAUUUUAUUUUUCCAGCAAUAUUGCAUGGAUACGAUUUGGAAAACUGCAACAUUUAUGAAAUUAGGUAUAAAAUUUUCAACUGAACUGUAUUGUUUUAAUCUUUUGAGUUUUUUGUUAGUGUGAUAAUGAUACAAUCAAAUAAAGCACUCAAAUGACUAGGAAUUAGCCUUUACUUUUAAAUCAUUCCAUUUUAUUGUGUGCUAGUGAUUGAACGUUUUAUUUGUAUCUCAGAAUGUGUGUGGAUACUGCAUUAUUUAAUUGAUAUGUGUUGGAAAAAGUAUGGGCGGAUAACUCUCUGAAUGAAUUGUUGUAAAUGUAAUUAAAUCUUAUUUCAAAAAUAUUUAUGUUUCUAAUGCAAAAAAUAAAGUAAAAACCAAUAUAAAA